AUGUCUGAAGACAAAACGGAGGAUCUUGGAAAGCCGAUUUCUUCCUGUCACGAUGAAAACGCGAAUACUAGUCAGGGUACUUUCAGGACCAUUGAAAUCGACUACAAUGACAAUGGUGCUUUUGGAACUUCUCAUUCUCCCUUUGUCUUUGCCGCUGCGUUGCUGGCAUCAUUCGGCGGGUUCUCAUUCGGCUAUGACCAGGGAGUUAUCUCACUUAUCCUAGUUAUGCCUCAGUUUGUGGACCAGUUUCCAGAAACCGGUUCCCACUCACCUCAUCACGGAUUCCACGUUGGCCUAAUGACUGGAAUGCUGGAACUUGGGGCAUUCAUUGGAUGUCUUUUCUUUCCAUAUAUCGCCGACAGGAUAUCACGCAAGGGUGCUAUUUCUGUUGCCACAGGUUUCUUUUGCGUCGGUGCUGUCAUCCAGACUGUAGCUAUUAACUAUAAUACUCUUGUUGCAGGCCGAUUCAUUUGUGGAAUGGGGAUGGGUGCAUUGGCAAUGGGAGCACCCCUAUACAUAUCCGAAAUUGCACCUCCCAACUUACGAGGUUCGUUGCUUGUCCUGGAAGCGAUAAGUAUUGUUAUCGGGGCUACAAUAGCGUACUGGAUUACGUAUGGAACCAGAUAUAUUGACAGCAGCUGGUCAUUCAGGGGGCCUUUCCUUAUUCAAAUUUUCCCAGCCCUCGUUGUCGGCGGCGGCAUUCAUUUUUUCCCGUUCUCUCCUCGAUGGUUGGCGAUGGUUGGGCGAGACAAGGAAGGUUUGCACUCUUUGGCCACACUACGGAGACGAGGAACGUCGGAUGAAACCGUACAGUUGGAGUGGAAGGGUAUUUUGACUGAAGUGCGCUUCCAGAACGAGUUACUUGCCCUCCAGUAUAGCGACCCUCGCUCGUUUGUCUCAGAAUUGAAGCAAUGGGCCGACCUUUUCCGCCCUAGAUAUUUCAAGAGAACCCUGGUAGCUAUCGGUAUUCCUUUUUUCCAACAGUUUUCAGGAAUCAACGCCUUCGUGUACUACGCACCAACGUUUUUUGCCAGUCUCGGACAGAGUUACAACAAUUCCUUGAUCCUGUCUGGUUUGAUCAACGUCUGUCAAUUUGUCGCCGGAAUUCCAACGUUUUUAUUUCUUGACCAUGUUGGAAGACGGAAACUAGCAAUUUUUGGUGCCAUUGCUAUGGGUAUACCUCAUUUUAUAAUGGCAGGUAUCUACAGUGCCUUUAGCACGGAUUGGCCGGCUCACAAGGUCGGUGGAUGGGUUGGAGUUGCUCUAAUCUAUGUAUACGUCCUUUGCUACGCAUGCUCCUACGGUCCACUCGCUUGGACUCUUCCAGCCGAGAUAUUCCCAAGCUCUAGGCGAUCCAAAGGCGUCGGUAUCGCCACCGCUACGAUAUGGUUGUCUAAUUUUAUUAUUGGUGUCGUCGUGCCACAGAUGCUAAUAUCGCUCGGCUGGGGGACGUUCCUAUUUUUCGGGUUCUUCUGUUUAACCGCCGCGGUGUUUUCGUUUCUCUUCGUGCCAGAAACUUCAAGGAAGUCCUUGGAAGAAAUUGCCGCAACUUUUGGUGACAACCUCGAAGAUAACGAAGCGGAGAUUCGCCGCCGAGUGGAGCGAGAAGUUUGGGCCGAGGCACAAUUAGGUAAUGAAGAUACAAGUGUCUGA